UGUGGACGUCUGUAUAGACUGUGAGCUGUAGUGGCUAAAAAACUAAGUAAAUACAUGCAGUCUAAGCCCAAGAGCGAGGCUGGACAAUGAAUGAAGAUACAUGCCCUUGUCCCAGAGGAGUGGAAAGCAAAUCGAGUGGCCACAGAAAGCAGAGGAACCCUAGGCGAAUAUCUCCUGUGGCUUUUACUCUGACAGGAAGAGAAGGUGCAACAACCACACCUGAGUAUAAUAUGCGAGAUCGUGUGGCUUUGAAUUAUGCGUUUGACGUAAAUGAUGAUACUGAGGAUCCAAUCAAAACCUCUAACUGCUCAGAUUGCACGCUGCGGCUCAGAGCUUCGUCUUCCAGGAAACAAUACCUCUGCCAUGACUGCGAGAAGUCUUUCUCUGAUAGUUUUAGGCUGACUAUUCACCAGAGGAGCCACACGGGGGAGAGGCCGUAUGUGUGCACCGACUGCGGGAAAAGUUUCACCCAGAGUUCCAAUCUUAUAACUCACAGGAGGACUCACACAGGGCAAAGGCCGUACACGUGUCCCGACUGUGGCAAGAAUUUUAUCCAAAGGACCCAUCUUGUUUUGCACCAGAGAAGCCACACGGGAGAGAGGCCCUAUGGUUGCUCCGAUUGCGGGAAAACCUUUGCCCAUAGCUCACGUCUGGUGAUACAUAAGAGGAUUCAUACUGGAGAGAAACCAUAUGUUUGCGGGGAAUGUGGGAAAGGCUUCAAGAGUAAGACUCAACUAGUGAGCCACCGGGUUCUUCACACUGAGGACAUGCUGUAUAUUUGUACUGAUUGUGGGAAGAGUUUCAGUAACCACCUGACCUUUGCCAGGCACCAAAAGAACCAUACGGUGAAAAGACCUCACGCCUGCCAAGAGUGCAGCAAGAGCUUUACUCACAUCUCAUUGUUGGUCAUGCAUCAGAGAACCCACACCGGGGAGAGGCCUUAUGUGUGCACAGAGUGCGGCAGCACCUACACCCGUAACUCCCAUCUUGUUGCGCACCAGAGAACGCACACAGUCAUGGCGCAUAUGUGCGGUGACUGCGGCAAGGCUUUCACAGACCGAUCAAGUCUCAUGAUUCACAGAAGAAAUCACACUUGAGAUUUAACCAAGAGAUUUAUUUUUUUUAUUUGAGAUUUACUCUUAUUUUCUAGCAGUUCAUUCAUCCUUUCAGCCUCUGUCUCUCCAGUUGAACUCCACCUGCACCCCCCUACAGCUGACUGCCAUGGGAUAGUGCCCUUUGGAACUGGGGCAGUCAACGGGACCAUUCCUCCCUCUGUUUACGGAUGCUGGUGGGUGUUAAGCCGGGGUAGAAAGAAAAGUUUUGCUUGUUGGACAACAUCUACCCUUGGCUCCCCCGCCCGCAGUCAUUUUCCGUGUUGUCCACAUUGGAUGAUGCUGAGCGCUCUUUUUCAACCUUUAGAGAUGUUAUCCAACAGUCUUUUCUGCAGAAAGUAACCAUGUGUAGGGAGUUUUAGUAAUUAGCACACUGGACGAAAUUUAUUACACCGUAUGACGUUAUCUUAAGGGGAUUCUAUCACAAGAAAACAUGUUUUGUUUUUUUUUCAAAACACAUGAGUUAAACGAGACAUAUCAUAUAAAAAUUUAUACUCAUCUAAAUAUAGAAAGAUUGUGCUUAAAAAA